CUCACUUCUCUCAGUCAAUUAAACUUUCUAUUUUCUCCCCCUCCCUUAAUCAUCUCCGCCAUGCUCCGCCGCCGCCUGUCGCCGGCGCCGGCGCCGGCACCGUCGACACAUCACCACGCCUCGCUGUAUCAGCCGUUUUCGUCUCCUUCUCCAUCUCCAUCUCCAUCCUCCUCGUCAUCGUCGCCGUCGUCUGAUUCGGCGGCGGCGACGGCGCCGCCGUCAAAAUUAGGCGUGGAUUUCAGUCCGCCGUUGAUAGCUAUGGUGGUUAUAAUAGCAACCGCCUUUGUGAUAAUCACUUACUCGCGCCUCCUCUCACGGCGAUUCAUCCACACCUACCGGCGAUACAGGCGGUGGCGCCGGCGCCGGCGGCGAUACGUUCCGUCAUCGUCCGCCGGCGACAUCGAGUCGCCGCCGUACUCGUUCGACCCUACGGAAGCCUUCCACGUCCUCUCCCCGUACGGACUCGACGAAUCCAUCAUCAAAACCAUACCUCUCUCCGCCUACACGCGGAAGAGCGGCUGCCAUGACUGCGCCGUCUGCCUUCUCGAGUUCGAAGAGAACGACUACGUCCGUACGCUUCCGAUCUGCGGCCACGCCUUCCACGUCGACUGUAUCGACAUCUGGCUCCGCUCGCACGCGAAUUGCCCCCUCUGCCGCGCCGGAAUAUUCCGCCAGGACUCGCCGUUCACGCCAUUAAUGGCGGCGAGGAUCAGACCUAGCCUCGACGAUAUGCUAAUCGAGAGCACAAUUCUAGAGCCUCUGACAGAAACUCCGAUCGAAUCGGAGACGACAACGGAGGGCGGCGAAAUCACUCAGGAACCGUCGCCGCGGCGGAGCGCAAUCCAAUCGGAGGACAGAUUCAACCGCCGCGAUUUUUUACUGAAGCGAUCCUAUUCCUUCGGCUUCGAACGGAAUUUAGGAUCGGAGCGGUUAGUUCUCGAGCCAGUAACCGCCUCGCCGUGGCGCUACCGCCGCGGCGGCGCCGCCUCAGGCGGCGGCGGAAGCUUCUGGAGCAAACGCCCUUCCCCUUUCAGCUCACUGACAAAACCUAGGGUUUUCUCCUUCCGUUACUACCGAGGCAUGAAAUCCCCAUUUUUCCGGCGGCGGAGCAUCGGCGGAUUCUUCCCGCUAUCGGAAUCGAGCGCGAGGUUGGGCGGCGGCGGCGGCGGCGGAAGCUCUUCCCGGCGGACGAAGUCGUUGGCGAGUCCGAUGUUCAUGAGGAGCUCGGCGGCGGUUUUCUCGUCGAGCCGUCUCCGGAGCGGAGAUCCAGAGGCGCUGUUGUCGCCGGAGAGAUUGAAUAGACGGUGAGGAUUAGGGACACGUGGACGGCGGGGAUUUGAGGUGGGUCUAUUGAGGAAAUUAAAUAGGGUGUCUGAAAUUUCUGAUGGAGGAGCAUUAAAUGGUUGAGGUGAUUGAGGUUGGGUUAGAGCGAGAGAGGGAGGGGUUGGGGGAUGAGCGAGAAAGUGCAUUUAAAGAAUUUUUGCAAAGAGGGGUUUGGGCUGUCUCACUUUAUUUGUACCUACCUACAACACGACAUUGGAAUUGGAUCAAUCAUAUAAAGCUAAGGGAAAAAUAAAAAAAGAAAGAAAGAAACCACAAUGGUUUGAGGUGGGCUUUGUGGAUCACGGCGGCGGCGGCGGCGGCGGUGGUGGUGGUGGAGGAAUUGGACAAAAGGGGAAGUGGAGCACUAAGAUGAAAGUGGGGAUGUUUUUGAAUGGGAUUGGGUUUGGCUUUUUUUGAAGGUUUGGAUAGUUACAUGACAUCUUUUGAUGAUGUAGUAAUGAAUGGUUUUUGUGGGUGUUGUUAUCGGAUGUUUUGGACAGUUAGUUGUUAGUUUUGGUCUCAUGAUGUGAUAAUGUUUACCUAAUGAUUUCACCAAAUUUUGGUUUGCUUACACAAUAUUUUUGAUAUUAUUUAAGUCGAAUAUAGUAUGUUUUUUUUGUCCA